AUGGGUGGCCGCUACCGCUCGCUAUCGGGCGCGAUAAUUGACCCGGAAAAGCAACGACGGCACUCAUACGACUACGACAGCGACGACGCCCCCUCGCUCAUCUCUUCCCGCGAUACCUCCUCUUCGCACGCUCCCAUGCUGGGCCACAAACCGAGUUUCGCAUACCAUCUGCCGCGGAGGCGCUUCAGUCGAUACUUCACGCUCGCGAUUUCCGCCACCCUCCUCAUCUUCAUCUACUACCUCGUGCGAUCGUCCUGGGCCAGUCGUGCAGAAGUGCAAUUUGGAUUGAAGAAGCCGCCAGCGCCACCAGCAGCGUGGGAGAGCUUUCCUUUCUUGGAGAGGUAUCAUGGUGGGAUAAGGACGCUGGUGAGCAGGAAAGGGAACAAGCCGGAAUACCCAUCAGACGAGGACGUAGAGGUCGAGAGGUUGAAAGACGAGGCGUUGUCGCAAAAGGCGAAACAAGAUGCGGAAGUAGCAAGGCAGAAAGGGUUUGAGAAGCGAGAAGAAUCGUUUCUGGACAGAGCGAUGCGAUUCGAUCCCGUUGCAGAGAGCGAGAGUGAAGAGUACGAGCCGGCUGUCAAGUGCUACUUGAACAACAAGACGAAAGAGGAAGUGCCGCAGCUUUUGAGCUACAGAGGCGUCACGCAGGGUUUCCCAGAUCCUGUGAUGGGCAGCUACGAAUUGUUCGGGUUGAGAAAUGACAUCUGCUUUGAGCGUUAUGGCAGAUUGGGCCCUUAUGGAUAUGGAUACAGCAAGAAAUACGGCGGAAGUGGCGCUGGCAUGGAUGGAGAGAUGGAAGGAGCUGAGAAAGUUUGGGGUGAUGAGCUUGAGAUCGACUACACAAAAGUCAGAUGGGGAGAUGUGCAGAAGAAGUGUGCGGAGGCCAAUCGACAUCGAUUCAAGCCGGUGCCGAAACAGACCAUGAACCACUUCUUUACGUCCAUGGCUGGUGGAGGGCCUUCCCAGGAGCGAGACUCGAAGGACGAGGAGACGACCAAGUCUAAGAACGGCAAGCAGCUCAUGAGUCGGACAGUGAUCCUCAUACGGACUUGGUGGGAUUACAAAUAUGACGACGAAGACAUGUUCUACCUGCGAGCCUUGAUGAAUGAGCUGUCGGUCCAGUCUGGUGGUGAAUACACAGUCCAUUUCCUGGUCCAUGUCAAGGAUGACAACAUGCAGAUCUGGGCUGACGACGAGACGUACCAGCGAGUUCUGGAUAACGCGCUUCCCGAGGAAUUUCGCGGUAUGGGCACGCUGUGGUCUGAAAGGCAGAUGGGGCUGAUCUAUGGCGGCGUUACUGAGAGCUUCUAUCGCGAUCUACCUGUCCAUGGUGCAUAUCGAAGCACCUACAUGCCCGUUCAGUACUUUGCGCACAUGCAUCCGGAAUUUGACUUCUUCUGGCAUUGGGAGAUGGACAUUCGAUAUACUGGUCACUUCUACCACCUCUUCACGCAAGUUUCCCAGUGGGCAAAGAAGCAGCCACGAAAGGGGCUGUGGGAAAGAAAUGGCCGAUUCUACGUUCCGUCUGAACAUGGCAGCUGGGAAGACUUCCGCCAGAUGGUGCGCGUCCAGACUGAGCACGGCACAGCGAGCAAGCAGAACAUUUAUGCCAAGCUCGCCGCUGAUGCUGGUACCAAGAAUCCAAUGGAUGACGAAAGUCGCAAGCCAGAAACACCAAUAUGGGGCCCUCAACGUCCUACUGGAGAAGGUGAUGAGACGGCUAAUCCUGAAAGUGACCCAGACCCACCCACAACUUACGACAAAGACGAAUAUGAGUGGGGUGUCGGCGAGGAAACAGACUUCAUCACGUUCAAUCCGCUCUUUGACCCGCAUACGACCAACUGGAUCCUUGCAGAGGAUGUCACAGGCUACAAUACUACAGGCAACAACUACCCACCGCGACGAACAGCUAUCAUCACAGCCUCGCGGCUCAGCAGACGACUGCUCGAGACCAUGCACAGAGAGACUGCGCUCAAACGACACACGAUGUUCAGCGAGAUGUGGCCAGGUAGCUGCGCCUUGCACCACGGCUACAAGGCCGUCUACGCACCACAUCCAGUCUACAUCGACCGUGCCUGGCCGACAUCCUACCUCGCAGCAAUCUUCAACAACGGCCGCAACGGCGCCGCAGGAGGUGCGAGGACAUCAGUCUUCUCUGACGAACGCCAGCAUAACUUCCUUGGUACGACCUGGUACUACCACGCAGGCUUCUCGCCGAAUCUGUGGAAACGCUGGCUGGGCUACAAGGUGGAUAACGAUGGCGGCGAAGAGUGGGAGAUGGCGAAUGAAGGGAGAAUGUGUCUGCCUGCGAUGUUGUUGCAUCCUGUCAAAGACGUUGAGUUGAUUUAUGAACAUAGGGUUGGAGAGUGA